AUGUCUCCCACAGGCUACCACCCUCUUGCUUCUCUGACCACCGAGUCGCCGAUUUACCAUUCUAUUGAAGGCAUAGGGAAGAACCACCGUGACCCUCUAGUUGCCGUCUUGGUGAGGCGAUCGCCACCUGGUCGCUGCUACUUCGUCGUCAUGGAGCCUCCUAGUGUCGCUGUCAUACUCCUUUGUCGUUGUUGCUUCACUUCAUCUUUUCUUCUCCCUCCGUUCUUCGAAGCGCCACCACUACAGUCAGGUCAGCCGCUGCCGCAGCCCGUACCCAUUGAAGAUAGAGCGAUCGUCGGCACUAGCCUUUUGUCGCCGCCAUUCAUGCUGUCAUUUCCGCUCUGA